AUGUUUCUUGCAUGGUGUUUAGUACAUGUACUUUCUUUAUCCUCAGUUUAUGCUUAUGAUAAUUCAGCCUCUACCUACUUGCUAGAACAUAGUUUACUGGAAGAUGGAGCUUUCAGCCAAUUAAAUGGAAUUAUGAUCAAAUCAUCUUCUGGGGUACUAAGUUUAGUAUCUGAUGGCCAUAGUUUUACCGCGAAUGAAAAACAGCUGUUACUAGAGUCUGCUAAGGCUGGCAGGCUGUAUACUAUUCGUAUUCCCAUCUCGGACAAAGAGUUCGUUGAGUCUUCUAUCCUAGCGUGCCAACUUGUUGCUUCUAGGAUGAAACUUAAGUUAACUCUUAGUGUUAACGACGUUGGAAAUCCAGUCGCCAUACAUUUAAGUACUUCAAAAUAUGACUGUCCCUCUGAUACUUCCAUCAAUCACUUGGACCUUCCAGACAUAUCUGUGAACUUCGAAAUUCAGAAACCGAAGUUGGGAUCAAGUCCGGAGACUGCAAAAUAUCUUGAAAGACUUGAAAGACAACGGGAAGAGAUGGCUCGCGCUGAACAGAGUGACAACCGCUCAUUUUUCGCAAAAUAUUGUUUACUUUUGAUAUGCACCUAACCCAAAUGAUGCAGAAUGACUACUAGUCAUCGACAACCAUUUUUAACUGGGCAUAUUUUCCAUCCUGAUGUGAAUUGAGCUUACGUUUUGCACAAAUGUAAAUAACAGGCUCUGAAAUGUAGAAAUACACGCAUCCGAGAUUUGCUAUAUUUUUGGUUGAUUAACUGACCAAUGUAGGAAUUUCCACGGAAUUAUACUAGUUCAAGUUGCUACUUCUACGUAAGCUGAAGGUGGGAUUCUUGUUUGUCAUUCAAGUAUCCUUUUGACUAUGAUAACUGCGGAUAGCGUUUCGAGAGAUGAUACAAUGUUAGUGAAAACAGUCUAUUCUCAUUCAUGUAGUCCUUUGGGAGCUCGUAAAGAGUUGUUGUCUAAAGUGCUGACACCUAGCGUUAUGUGUCAAAAAUACUUGAUGACAUCACCCGUCUUCACUUCCAUCAUAUAUGUACUAAUAGUGGUUGACUUUGAUUCAUCUGGGAUUGAGUUGUUACUCAUGUCAAGCGUAAGAUCAUUCUCCAGGACUGAUCUGCACCUAGUCUAGUUUGAAGAUAAGUAGUGAGAUUGUUGGAAAGUGGCAUCAACCCCAAUGUACUGAUUUCCAACGAGGUCUCAGGACGGAUUCAAAAUGCACUUUUAUCAUUUACCAAUUUGCAUUAUCUUUGGCUUUGGCAUGACAGCCAUUUCACUUCAUGACUGUGAGACCAGUCUGUUAAAGGUGCAAUAUGUAGAAAGAACAGCGGUUUCCAACCGCCAGUGCUUCCAUAUAGUUUCGUGUUAGGUGUACUGUGGUUAAUGGUAGUGAGUUUACGUGCGCCGUUAGAUAAGAAUGGUGAGCUAAUCGAUAAGGCUGUGUAUUUCGAGAUGGCUGGGGUAUCAUUUAUGCUUGCCGAGCUAACAGCUUCCUUGACAACCUGUGUUAGCCGAAGUAGUAUUAGAUUUAAAAAAACUUGUUGGAAGUAUUAGAACAAGACAUAUAAGUGAACAAUAUUUUCACUUAGAUCUUCUUCAGGCUUUACUCUAAUUUACAUAGACUUAUAUAUAAAAAUUUUUAACCAAUGACGGUGAUUUUGUGGAUCAAAUAAUAACAAUAAUGUGGUAAAUGUUUUGAAC